GACCCCAACGAGUUCAUCACUUAUGUAAUUCCGGACUUCAAUGCUGUGCGAUAUUUCCAGAAAGCAUUUAUAGCCUCCGGAGAAUUCCAUUUGCUCGAAGAGCUGACCAUAUAUGGUUUUGACAUAUACUUGGUGGAGAAAUGGGUGAACGAACGUAAGAUAGGCACCGUAAUCUCGACUUUCACAGGCAACAUGCUGUCCAAGGUCAGCGUAAUGCGCUUCACCAUUUUCAAGAAACAGUCCAAGUACUACCCGUUGCGGUUCCAGGAGUACCUAAACGAAUUGUUACUCAACCACUCCAAGAUUAAACAUAUGGACGAGAAAGAUUCUAACCGUAUGAAUACUGUAGACGAAGACACCCGGAGUUUAGCCCUGCAUGAGAGCCAGCCAGCGACACUAGCUACUUCUGACUUUUCUACAAACGAAGUCUGUUUUGUCACCAGCUUAACGUCUUUGCCCUCAGAUCUUAACUUGGUGCCAAUUGCACUGGGCGACUCUCGGUCAAUCGAAACAGACUUUGCAGUAAACUCUGACUUGAAGAAGUUGCAAUGCACAGGUCGCUCCUCUUCGCUAUUGGCCGAUAAGUUGUCUGAUGCCAACGAAGACAAGUUCAGACAAAUGUACAAGAUAUAUAACUUCAAUAUUCCCGUGAAGUUCGCAAUUAGAGAACUUGUGAAUGUCAUCCAGAUCUGCUUGUUCUACUUCGACUUACUAGAUCCUAAGUAUUGUGACGGAUUGCUCUGUAACAAAACGGAAGAAGCCAUUCUCAACUGGUGGAACUUGAUUGGUUUACCCCAUUUCAACGUUAAGCCAAAUCCAAAACAUGGCAUAUUGCAUUCUAGAACCGUAGCUGCCAUCAUCAGCUUGGUGCUCAGUAUAAAGAUGAGACUACACAUUAUUGGUGGAUGUGAUGUUCCCAAAGAUCCGUUUGAUUUCGAAAACUUUAUGCUUUCCAUUGGUCAAUUUCAAAAACAGUACAAGUUGGAGAAACGUCGUAAACUCGAUUUGGAGACCUUGAACAAACUUUUCACAAUCACAAAUGCCAAACUCAUACCAGACAAAUCUGGCUCUAAUAGCAAACAAUACCAUAGCCCGGAAAACAGCUAUGAUUUUCAGGACAACUUCUAUGAAUUGACUGAUUCUACAUCGAAUGUCACUAUUCCAAGACUCAGUUUGAGUUCGCCUAUUCAGCAUAGGAAAAACAAAAGCUACUACGGCAUGGAGUUGAAGAAGCUCACCAAUGUCGUCAAGAGCACAGUCCUGGAUCGUAUCAACAUCUCAAACAGGGACGCGGACGAGCCUGCUGGUGGAGGAAGAUUCAGAAACAGAAUAGCCAAACUAGCUGAUAGUGCAACACCUUUGGAUGUAGAAACAUUGGAUUUAGAAUUCUUGGUGAAAACUCAUUUGACUGGGAAAACGCUUAUUAGAUUAUUCCGCGGUGUAGGUGGUGCCACAGCUGCCUCACAGACUUCCAGUAUUGAUCACAGUUCAUCUCAAAUACAUCUUCACCAUGAUCACAGUCAUGGCAGUCAUAGUGCUCACCUUGAUAGACGUGGUAACACGGUUUUAGCCGAUGAUAUCGCAAGCAGGCAGUAUGAGUUUGUUAGUCUACGUGAUAGAAUCAGCCAGACUCAGCCAUCGUCGUCCUCACAGAUUUCUGACUUAUCAAGGUACUCCAGGGGUCUUACGAAAGUCAAGCUUGGUAUUCAAAAUAGAAGAAACUUGUUGUCGUCCUACAAUUCAAAUCUAUGGAAGAAUUCCAGUUAUGCUCAGCAGGGAUCAACUAGAAGGGAUUCGCAUAGUUCAAUUGAAUCGAAGAAGCCAUCUCUAAUAUCCAAUACGAUCGUGGAUUCUUUACUUCAGAUUCCCACCGAGUCGUUAUCGGAUUUAAGCAAAACUAGUUCCAGUAACAACGGAUUUGAGCCAACAGAAGAGGACGAAAGUCUUGAUGGUCCUAGUCCGAUGUUGAGAUUUCUGAGAAAUUUGAACAGACGUAAUUCUUUUCCUUUCUUGUUGAACAAGCAUGAAGCAAAUCUUAACUUACUUGUGCUAACCAAGAAGGACAAUGUUAUAAAACCUGUACUAGUUGAGGAAUCACAUAAACUACGCAAAAGUGCUAGCUGUUCUCAGAUCGAAAACUAUUUGUUACAAAAGGGAGACAUCACUCUCGACACGCUCGAUACAUUCAGCGAUAGUUACAUCCUGAGCAUUGGAAACUUGAUGAAAUAUGACAACUUGAAGAAGUCUUUUGGUGACGAUUCACCAUUGCAAGAACUGGGAUUAGUUCUGAACACCAACAUCCAGAGAUCGUACCAGUUGCUCAAUCUUGAGCUCAAGAAAUUGAACAAUGUUCACCAUCAAAUGAAUGCCAACAAGGUGAAGGUAGUCGACGAGGAUCUCAUUGGCCAUUUGAAGUACGAUGUCCAUGGUUUGACAACGACUAUUGAUCGUUUAUGCUACGAGACCAGAAUAGUGGUGAAGAGAAUCAACGAGCUAGAUGAAAACUGCAAGUUGAUGAACGUAAAGUUGAAUGACCAAAGCAGAGGCAAGUUAAAUAAGAUAGUGGAGAGUUUGGUCAAUCUGAGAAGAUUUCAAGAAGUAUUCACACCGGCAGAACAAUCCGAUCUUAUAUCAAAGUUGGGAGGUUCUGUCGAGCCCCUCCCUAGUGAUACCAAUAAGAAUCAAACUUUCUUUAGCAACAUGUUUGAGAGCUUUGUCAUCUUUAUAUUUGAAUUAUUUAGCUAUCUUUCCCAGCUCUUCAAGUUUGAUCGUGCCAACAUGAACUUGGAGCGUAUCAGGCAAUCAUGGGUCAAGCUUGAUCCAGAUAGAGAGUUGAUCAAGCUGGCUUAUACAAUGAUUGGACGAGAACCUGCUCGUGACAGUGUAGCUUCGAUCGAAACAUUGCCAUCUCUCAGUGGUUAG